CUUCACGAGAUUCAAGAGCACAAUCGUAAGGCCGACAACUACUGGGUUUAUCGAGGGAAUCGGGUUUACGACAUCACGGACUGGAUUCCGAACCACCCUGGAGGCGACGUAAUCAUGCGCGCUGUCGGAGGCAGCAUCGAGCCAUACUGGAACAUCUUCACCAUCCACCAGAAACAAGAUGUUUACGACAUCCUGGAACAGUACUUUAUCGGCCUCAUUGAUCCUCGUGACCUGGUCGAUGGCCGAGCGCCUGCAGGCCAGGUCGAAGACCCGUUCAAACUCGAUCCAACACGAGACCCCGAGCUCAUCGUCCACAGCGACCGCCCUUUCAACGCAGAAACGCCGACUGCUGAUCUCGAGACAUUCAUCACACCCAUCGCUCGAUUUUACAAGCGCCACCAUCUUUGGGUCCCCAAGCUAGAUGAGAAGACGUUCAAGCUCACGGUUGAACUGCCUAACGGCGAAGAAGUGGAAUAUUCGGUAGAGGAUCUGCGUUCAAAGUUCAAAGCACACACCAUCACAGCAACUAUGCAAUGCUCUGGUAACCGACGGUCUCACAUGACAAAAGGCUCUAGGCCUACCAAUGGCAUCCAGUGGGGUGUAGGCGCUAUCAGUAACGCAGAAUGGACUGGUGUCAAAAUGCUCGACGUUCUUCAGGAUGCUGGUCUUGAUGUGACGGACUUGCCCGACGAUGUGAAACAUGUCCAGUUUAUGGGUGCGGAAGCGUACGGCGCAUCAGUCCCCAUUGAAAAAAUCGCCGAUCAAUUCGGGGACGCCCUUAUCGUCUAUGCUAUGAACGGUCAAACAUUGCCGAGAGACCAUGGAUUUCCUCUUAGAGCGUUGAUCCCGGGGACCGUUGCUGCCCGGAGCGUGAAGUGGCUAAGCAAAAUCGUCCUUUCGGAAGACGAGUCAACCUCGCAAUGGCAGCAGCGUGAUUACAAAUGUUUUGGUCCUAAUGAAGGAAGCACUCCGGACUGGUCUAGCGCUGUCGCGAUCCAGGAAACACCUGUGCAGUCGGCUAUCACGAGCAUCCGAAAGGUAACCGCAAACCGUCUGGAAAGCAGCGCCCUAGCCCGCGUCUAUGGUCUUGAGGAGGAGUCUGUUGUUUUACGAGGUUAUGCAUUCUCUGGUGCCGGGCGCCGCGUCGUACGCGUGGACGUUAGUCCAGACAAUGGCAAGACCUGGCAGCAAGCAAAUAUCGAGGACGCAGAGCAGAAAGGCCACCGUUCGUGGAGUUGGCGACAGUGGAACUUGGCAAUCCCCACUCGAAUGUUGUCGGGCAACGUAUGUGUCAAAGCCACUGACGAUGGAUACAAUACUCAGCCCGAGAAUUUCACCGCCUACUACAAUUUUCGGGGCAAUCUGGCCAAUAGCUGGCACCGAGUACCGGUG